UUCACCGAAAAUGUUCUCGAUCCUGCUCAUGCAGUGAGAUGCAGCUAUCAAGUAUUUCCUCAAGAAGAAACAUGUGUGUCCAACGGGAUAGACAUUGGGGCACGACUGCUCCAUCAAUGGAGCUGCAGUCAAGUCAAUGGGAACUUCAUCGUUCACACCUGUUUUGUUAUAGACCCUGUCACUCAUCGCAGCGAAAUUAUCGUGGACAGCAAUGGCUGCACUGUCGAUAAGUCGAUCAUUACCAACAUAUCUUAUGCAAAGAACGGUACCGUAACAGCAUUAGGAAAGGCUAUCCGGUUCCCUGAUACUCCUGUUGUCAGCUAUUCAUGUCGGCUACGUCUGCUCAGUAAGGAAAUCGAUCCAUCUGUGAGUAUAAUCACCGAUUCUCAGACAUUUUUAUGCCGUUCAAAACGAGGGGUAGUUCAGCUUGGAAAAGACGCUGUUUUGGCAACAGUGGAACCAUACACAAGAGAGUACGAUACCGCCGUGUACGACGACGAUGUGGGGGCGAUGUUUUCUGGUUUAGGACCAGCCACGAAGAAAAUGAUGAAAGAGAAGACCUCAAUAGAGGAGAGGUCAAGAUCUAUUCUCUCAUCAUCCGUUCCAUCUUUAGCGACAGUACGAAGGAUAUCGUCCAUCGCACCUUUCUUCCCAUAUGGUGGAGUGGACGUCACAUUGAACUCAAAAAGCGUCGCUGUUGUAAGGACAAAGCAGGCUAGAGAUAGAUUCAAACAUGCUUUGCAACUUCGUUCUAAUUCGGCCCAGACCGCUUCUGUGGCAAUUCCUGACAACUCAUUUAUGGAACUUACUGUUCUGAGAGAAGAGACAAAACAGAAGAAACCUUUAUUGGUGCCGACCUCAAAUACCAGAAACUUGCAUUCACUUAAUGCCGCCUCAAAAAACGCCAAGAGCUUUGUGAGGCGGUCAUCGGAAGAUCUCAGUCAGCUAUCUACACUUUCUCAACGGGAAUUAUUAGCCAAAGAAAUUAUCGCGGACGAGACUACUGCUGACAUGGCGACAAUGCUUAAAAAAUCAGGGUCUAUAUCUACAAGUGUAGCUGCUCACAUCUCUUUCACCUCAGCGACAACAUCAACAAGAAAUUAUGAGGAAGAAGUGCAGGAUAACGAGUCUGAUGAAGUCGUGGAAACGGUUGUAACAAGCGAGUUACUCGUGGUGCUUUUUCCUCAUGAGAAGUUCGUCACUGUUCCAUAA